UGCUGAUCAAAUGCUGGAAAUGAAUGACACAACUUACAUUCCUUCUGUAAGUGAUGAUACAAAUGAUGAUUGUGCUACUAAAAAUGAAACAGGUUUUAGUGCAGUUGCUAUCAAAUUCGGUGAAAUAGUUAUGAAAAUAUUCAUGAAAUCUUUGGAUGUUAUAGACGAAGAUACAAAAAAUGAUCGUGGUCAAUUAGUUAAAAAAGCAAAAUUAUUGUUUGAAAUAAAUGAUACUGGUGUUGGAAUUUGUUCUAAAUUUAUGCAAGGCAUCUGGGAAAGUUUUUCAAAGAUCGAUACUUCAGUAAUUGGGCAACAUAAUGGUGCAAGUCUUGGUUUGUCAAUUAGUAAGCAGUUGGUAGAAAUUAAUAAAGGUGAAAUUGGUGCAGAAAGUCGAUUAGGAAGAGGAAGUAAAUUUUGGUUUACAUGGAAUAUUGAAUUAUUACCAAUAUCUGCUAUUUCGAAAUUUGUUAAUGACUCGUCAUCAAUAUUAUCGUCAAAUGAAGCAAUUAGCAAUAUUUUACCACUUCAUUUAAGAUUAAAGCGUAUACUAUUAAUUCAUCCAGUUGAAAGUGCAAGAAUUGCCAUAACAAAUUUUCUUAAAAAUUUUGAAAAAGUUGGUGUAUUUGAUACCUGUGAUAAAGGAAUUCAUGCAGCAAAACAUUAUAAAGAAUUAUAUAACCAUGCUGCUUAUGAUAUAGCAUUUAUUAAUCUUUGUGAAAAAAAUGCAGAGGAAGUUACGAAGACUGUGUUAGAACUAAGAAAAGUACAUGAUGAUAAUUUAUUAAUUGUCUUUAUGAUAUUUUUAAAUACCAGUGAGAAAGCUUUAGCAACCAAGUUGAUUAAAAAAGUUGGAGGAAAAACUACUAGCAUUUCUAAACCAAUUACCUAUAUAAAAUUAAUAAAUCAAUGUUCAUGUAAUAAUAAUUUAGAAAAAGAUGUAGAAGAGAAUGUUUAUAAGAAUUUUGAAAACUCUAUAAGUUAUAAUGCUAAAAGUAUAAUGAACAAUAAUUCAGAAAAAUUUAAAUUUGACUUUGAAUCAUCUUUAAAAAUCAAUUUGGCAUCGUCAGUGACAUCACCAUUAAAUAUUAGCAAAAAAAGAAUGUCAAGUUAUGAAAUUGGAAAUACGGGGAAAGCUACUAAGUGUAGAUUAAUAACUUAUAACAAAAAACGUAUUUUAUGUGUGGAUGCUAAUCCUGUGGACCUCAAGGUUGAAGAACUUGGUUAUUCGACAUUAUUAGCAACUAAUGGUCAAGAGGCGAUUAAUAUUCUUCAAUCAGAAUUUAAAUUAUUAAGUAUUAAUAAUUCAAAAUAUGUUUCUGAAAAGGAUAAAAUGAAAUCUUUUGACAUUUCUUUAGUUCUGAUGGAUUGUAUAAUGCCUGAGACUUCAGGUUUCGAUACUUCACGAGCAAUUAGAUCACUAAAUUCACAAAUUUCAAAUAUUCCAAUUGUUGCUUUAACAGCUUCAAAAACAGAAGAAACAUACAAUAAAUGCAUAGAAUCAGGAAUGAAUGAUUGUCUUGUAAAACCUAUAGAAGCUGAGCAUUUUAUUAAGAUCGCUACCGAUUUGAGUAUAAAUGAUACAGUUUAA